AUGUUUCAUUGUAUUACUCUGCGGUGGCGGCUGCAAAGUCUCCGCCUUCCCCCCCCAUGGGUUUCCACUGGACCCAACAAUAUUCUCAACUUAAUCGACCGAAUCAUGUCCCCCUUUUUGGGUAUUUUAAUGGUUGAGAUUUUCCUUUUGAUCUCCUUUGCUGUGGGAUUUUACAGUAUGGGGUUCUUUUUUUGCUUAAAUUUUUCUCGAUGAGAUUUGGGGGAGUUUAUAUGUUUGAGCUUUGCACAACUGAGAUUUGAAAGAAAGUUCUGUUUUCCGUCAUGUCUCCGCCUUCCAAUGAGUUUUUCGCUAACUCCCCCCCCAACAAUAUUCUCAAUUUAAUCGACCGAAUGAUGUCCCCCUUUUUGGGUAUUAUAAUGGUUGAGAUUUUCCCAUUUUUGAUCUCUCUUUUGUUGUAGGGAUUUUACAGUAUGGGGUUCUUUUUUUGACUGGGGCGGGGGGCUUGGAUAGUUCAAAGUUCUAGCCUUGUUUUUUAUAUUCAAGCCCCACGCUAUUUUCGUCAUUUUUUUCAAGAAUUUUUUUGAAUUUCCGUCGAAAAUAACAUCGAAAAAGAAAGCUUUUUUUAUUUUCAAAUUCAAGGGAUUUUUUUGGACUCUUUUGAUUUGAUUUUAUAGUUAUUUUUUUCCAAGUUUCUAGCUUCCUCUAGCUAUUUUUUUCCAAGAAAAAAACUAUGAUCAUUCAAAUUUUUAGUACUGAAGGUUGCUUUUGUAGUUUUUCGCCAUUUCUUUUUGAAAUAUUUGCGACUUUUCCCCAGUUUCUCACGAUUUUUCUAAUGUUCUGAAAAAUUUUUAGUGGCCACUAUAGAGGCUCGCCAAGGGACUACUUGGAGAGAGCACUAAAGUGGCCACUAAACCCACCUCUAUAGUGGUCACUAUUUUCCGGUUUAGUUGCCACUAUAAAGGUUCUCUUUUUAGUGGCCCCUUCAGUAGUUUUUCAUCCAGUAUUCCUUCCAGUAACUCUGAUAAUUUAGAUUGGACCAGUUAGGUUGAUCCAUUGACCCCUAAAGUGGCCACUAAAAUUUCUAGUGGACUAGUAGUAGCACUUAGACCUCUAUAGUAGCCCCUAAUUUUUAACCCCUUAAGUGGCCACUCAUUUGGCUACUAUAGUGGUCACUGAAACGUUAAAACCCUAUGGUGGCCACUAAACAAUUUUCCCAGUUUGAUCUCAUACUGAUCAGCUAAUGUUGCAGCCAAAGAUAUUGUACGCGUGGUCGGAUCCGGCCGGCCGGCGACAAAUUAGCCAAAAUCGAAGGAUUGGAAUUGGAAUCGUCCGAAUUGGCCGCUACAAACUCCAAAGAGGCGAUUAACGAGAUGACUUGCGGCGCCGUGACUCCAACUCAAGAGGUUCGAAAUAUAAUUCCGUCGGUUUUGUAUCAUGAAUGACCAACCAAUUAUAAGUGGUUAUUUGAUAUUUUAAGGGGGAGGGGGCAAAGCUCUUGAUUUUUGAGAUAAAAUUUUAUCUUUUUUUCAACAUUUUUUUCUGGUUCAAAUUUUUCAUGUUUUUCAGCUCAAAAUCAACCAUUUUUGGUUCGAACUAUAUAUUUCAGGGGGCAAAAGCUCUUGAUUUAGAGAUGAAUUUUUGAAAAUUCGGAACAAAAAUCUGUUUUUUUAAGGCUAAAUUUUUGAGAAUUUGAACCAAAAAGGUGUUGGUUUUUAAGCUCAAAGAUGAUAGUUUUGAGCUCAAAUUUUUCCAAAAAUUCGGAACAAAAAUCUGUUUUUUUAAGGCUAAAUUUUUGAGAAUUUUGAACCAAAAAGGUACUUAAUUUUUAGAUGAAAAUUUGAAAAUUUGAACCAAAAAUUUUUUUCGAUUUUUUUGCUGGGAUUCUGAAAAUUUGAACCAAAAAGGUGUUGGUUUUGAGCUUAAAGAUGAUAGUUUUGAGCUCAAAUUUUUUUGAAAAAUUCGGAACAAAAAUCUGUUUUUUUAAGGCUAAAUUUUUGAGAAUUUGAACCGAAAAGGUACUUAAUUUUUAGAUGAAAAUUUUUAAAACUUGAACCAAAAAUUUUUUUCGAUUUUUGCUGUAAUUUCUAAAAUUUGAACCAGAAAAGUGUUGAUUUUUGAGCUAGAAUUCAGAAAUUUGUCUGAUUUUUUUAGUUGAAAAUUUGAAAAAUUGAACCCAAAAACUAUUGAUUUUUUUAGCUGAAAAAUAUGCAAAAUUUGACCCAAAAAAAUGUUGAUUUUUUGGCUAUAAUCAUGAAAAUUCGAACCCAAAAAAAUUGUUGAUUUUUAGGUUCAAACUUUAAAAAUUUUUGAACAAGAAAGGUGCUGAUUUUUCAAAUAAAAGCUUCAGAAUCCUCUUAUCCGCUCAAAAAAGACCCCCAAUUUUUCAGAAACCCCAAUUCGACAUGACCAAGUACCUGUUCGCCCACGGAAUGCUACCAUUGAGCGAACACCUCCGAAUCUUGACCUCCCAAGUGCCGUCGGCCUUCUCGACGUCUUCGAUUUCCUCGACGUCGCCGCCGACGACGUCGAUGGCUUCUGAAGCCCAGCCGUCUCAUCUGACGACGGCGACGAUCAAAAUGGAAGAUUCUGAAGACAAGUCGAGCUCGAUGAUGAAAAGUGUGAGUGAGGGGUACUGUAGAAGCCAAUUUUGUUUGGAUGAAAGCCAAUUUUCACUGGGGCGCCGCUUCCUGAGUGCCGCUCCCUUUAAUAUAUUCGAAAUUGCGAAUUCAACGUCGGAUUUGCAUACAAGUUGAAACAAAAAGCACGUGAAAAGUGACAUUUUUCGAGACCUCCUUUGUUCGGGGACGAUGCGCCUUUAAUUGCAUUUUACGACUUUUUUUGUAUUUACGUAACUAGACUCUAUUGAGAGAGAUUAAUGAUAAUAAUAAUUAUUAUUUAUUUCCUUCACAAGAUUAAGAGGAGAAAAACCGGGAAAAAUUGGCCGUUUUUUUCGUGCCGAGAAUCAAUUUUUUUGACGAGGUUGAUGCGCCUUUUAAACUUUUAAGCAGUUUUAGAGAAUAAUUUUUAGCUGAAUUCAGACCUUUUUUUCCCAUAAGAUAUCAUCAUUAUAGAGUAGUAUGAAAAGUUAGCCACUUUUUCGUGUCGGGAUUCAAUUUUUGACGAGCUUAUGCGCCUUUAAACUUUAGGCAGUUUUGAGAGUGAUUUUGCUGAAUUUAGACCUUUUUCCGAUAGAAUAUUAUCAUUACAAAGAUCCGUGAGAUGCCAGCCAAUUUUUCCUGUCUCGACUCAUUAUUUGGCUGAGUCGAUGCGCCUUUAAAUUUGAAAAUUUGAGCAAAUUUUCAAUAUUAAAUGUCAUAUCCAUCCAUUUCCUUGUGAAAGAGACAAAGAGCCCGUUAAGUUAUUUUUGGGUGCUGCGCCUUUAAUAAGCAUUCAAGUUGCUAUGAAUAGACUAUGCUUUGAGAGUCAAAAUCCAGCUCAAAAACAAUUUUCCAUCCAAUUUCAAUUGAUUUAUGAUAAUCCCAAGUAGUAUCAUCCCAGAGAAGUGCAUGAUGCCAUUGUUUUGACGCCCCCCGCAAGAUAGGUCAAUCAAAUUGGGAGGCAGGAUCGCGUGUGACGUGUCACGUUACCACGUCUUCGUCACAUUAUUCCCCACUCCUUCUUGAAAAGCUAUUGUCCAUGAAUUAUCUAGUCGAUUUGGUGACCGUACAGAAUUGAGUGGAGAAUGGUCAAGAAAAAUGGGAGGCUAUAAAUUGGCGGAAAACAUGCUCCAUGGAUAAUAGUUGGAAAAGCUCAAAACUGAUAGAAAAUAUGCUCCAUGGCUAAUAGUUGAAAAAGGCCAAAUAUCGGUGGAAUAUAUGCUCCAUGGAUAAUAAUUGAAAAAGCCCAAAUAUUCGUAGAAUAUGUGCUCCAUAGAGAAAACCCGCGAGAAUUAGAAUUUUCGGCGAUUUUUUUCGAGCUUCAUUAUUUGUGGGCUCUUCGAACCAAGUAUCAAGAAAAUGACCCAAAAAAAAAAUUAAAAACCAAAAAAUGUUUUUUCCAGUCACCAUUGGACGUCCUGGUACCGAUCGGUAUGGCGAAAAGCCCAAUUUCUGCAUCAUCGCCUCCGCCGUCUGGAUCAGAAUCCUCGCCGCCGAUGACGCCUUCUGGAGAACUGACAAUCGCGACGUCGGCCGAUGGAGGUGACCCCUGUAGGCGUCACUCCCAACGGAAGCCUUCCGUCGCCUGGAACCGGCUACUCUUGGAGCAUUCGCCGUGGUUCGUGCUUUUCGUUAUUUUUGGCAUGUGGGAGUGA